UUUCGUGUUCCUUUCUUACUCACGAGGCAUGGAACUCAUGUGGUUGGACAUCUGCUUUCCGCUUUAUUAGCUUUGCAAUCUGCUCAUUUCGGAUGUCAUCCUGCAGAUUGGAAAGGGACGUGUACCGGUGACCAGAGUGCCUCUUCGGCAAGCAGAGACGAUCUUCGGGAACCCUGCCCAACUUGUCACUCGCCGUGGUGGUGGUUCAGAUGCUCGCCUCGUACUUCAAUGCAAGCUUCUCGAUGCUACACUUCAAGCAUUGAAGGUGUGCGUCUCCGAGCAUGAUCUUCAUGAAAUGGGUGUGGAACGGUGGGCGGACACAGUAGACGAUGGGCUCCGCAAACUCGACUGGUGGCAUGGCGCCUUCGCUCCCAUUGCUGCUUUGAGUGAGCCUGAAGAGGCGCUACAAAUGACGAUCAUCAGACUCCAGUAUCACUUCUGCCGGAUUACAAUUUUGAUCAGGAGUUUCCUUCUCUUGAGAAAGUGCUGGUUGGAUUGGAGCGAGCAGCCUGUGCGUGAACCAUAUGACGAGUCGCGCUUUAGCAGGUUCGCAGCGGCCGCAAGCAUGAUAUCUGGUAAAUGGGUUGCACAGCUCGCCGGGGCAGGCGAGGCUCUGCUUAUCGAGGCUCUAUCCCUUCGUCGUCCCACGUAUGGGAAAAAGCAGCCCUGGUCUGGCAUGUCAUCCGUCAAUCCUCCGCCGCCCUUGGCUUUCGCUCCGGAUUGCAUGUGUUGGAUGGUGAUGUUUGCACCCGUGUUGCAGAUCAAGACGAACAUCAUAUAUAUGAGUGUUCUUGAUCGGCCCGUCCAAAACGCUCAAGCGAGGCGCGGUUUACUGAGCAAGAUUUUGGAUACUUUGCGCGAGGCCGUUCCGGUUUGGGUCGCGGGUGAGGAAGAUGGGAACCCCACUGUGGAGCCCCCCAGCACGCUUCCCGCUCGUUGCAUGGAUGCAUUGACAGCUCUUAUCAAACUUUGGGACAUCCGAACUGAGGAAUGCAAGGGCCGCGAGAUGCGGAAGGCUGCGAAUAAGUCUAACGCUCAAGCCAAGAGCCUAUCUUCGAAGGACGCCGCUCAACGAUAUCCGGGUUCUAGUUCUCGGGGUCACGUACUCAACUUGGAUCAGGUGGAUGAUGAACGAGAUGAACUGGAAUCGGACACGGAAGACCCGCCUGCCCAUAGCGCGACGGGACGCCUCAGUCUCACAACUCACGGUGGAUCACCCUCACUCCGUAUUAAUGACAGCGGGAACCCCUCACAACCGCCAACGUCCUCUGCAAGCUCAACAGCCGUUGCCAAUGAUACUUCAGAACCACUGGAUCUUAAUGCCUUUACUGGCUUUGAUUUGAGCGUGUUCGAAAAUGCGCCAUCUUUCCUUGACUCGCAAAUGCUAUCUGAUCCCAACUUUGCCGUUGUGUUGGACCCACAAUAUAUGGGACAAACGACCCCAUCUUUUGGAUAUUGAACAUUUUGAUUGUGUUGCGAUCGAUUCAGUCUCGGCCUCUUCCAUCAACCUGUUGUUUCAUGAAAGACUCCUACGUGUAGUAACCGCUAGUUAUGUUGGCCUCCGGUGUAUCCUCACCUCUGUUGAGUCUUUUUGUUUCUUCUUUCUUGGAAACCUUAGAGGAACGUGUGAUGUCACAACUUCUGUUGCUACAGCCCUGUAUAUA